GGCAAUGUAGUGGACUCUCUGCUCCUCUCUCCUCCUUUUCUUGGAGCAAUGCCCGGGGCAAGAUGUGCUCCAGCCGGAAGAUCCUGUGGAGUCUGCUGGUCCUGUCGGUGCUGGAGGUCGGUCUGGGGGUUGCAAGUAUCGUGCUGGGAGCCGUGGGCAUCAGCCGGGUCAGAGGCGAGCACAAGCCGUUGCAGGGAGAUGCAUCCCCGGUCUGGAGCGGGCUGUGUUUCCUUGUCUGUGGGAUGUGUGGAAUCCUGUGUGCUAAGAAGAGGACUGGUCUCAUUAUGAUUUUGUUCUCAGCUUGUUGUAUCUGUGGUCUGAUUGGCGGGAUUCUGAACUUCCAGUUUGUCCGAGCGUUGUCUAGACGACCAGACUCUCUGCGUUCUCUUCACCUGGCAGCUAUGACCCUGGCCUGCCUGGGUAUCUUCUCUUGUACCUUGUCCACCUGGCUCACAUGCCGCCUGGCCAGCUCAGAGCAGCAGAGGAUGUUCCUGGAGCGAGAACACUCCCUGCACCACUCCCACGAGAUGGCUGAGAAGGUAGGACUCAACAACAACAUCCUGGACAACUCCAGUAACGGCAUCCCCCAGAUCUCAUACACUGGUCACACUUCCUCGCCCUAA